GUUUAGUAGUGACUGGUGGUACAACAUAGUGUUAUAACUUCCUUAAUUUUGUAUAAAUUAUUUUGAUACUGUAUGAAGAGAAGAGUGAUUUUGGUGAAGUAAAAAGAAACACAUAGCAAGGACAACAUGACUCGUUUUGCGAGAGGAGGUCCGCAUCAAAAGACACUGCAUGAAGCAUCAGCGUGGAAAGAUAUACAAAAACAAGCUCAGUCAAAUCAACAUGAUGAUAAAAAUUUUCAAUAUUCAUCACAACAAAACCUUGCCAUGGAUGUGGCGGUGAAAAAAGAUAAAAGGAGAGAUAAUCGGAGAAUAAAGAGAAUUCGAAAAAAAGAAGCGAAAAAGGUGUGCUUCCAUUGUCGCAUGCCAGGACAUGGAAUGGCUGAUUGUCCUGCUGUGAAGAAUGACAUGGAACAGGGAACCGAUAUCUGCUUUAAAUGUGGGUCAACUGAACAUUUAUCAAACGUGUGCUCUGUAAAAGUACCAGCAGGAAAAGAAUUUUUAUUUGCGAAGUGUUUCGUGUGUGGAGAAACUGGCCAUCUUUCAAAGGCAUGUCCAGAUAACCCAAGGGGGUUGUACCCUGAUGGCGGCAGUUGUCAGCUGUGUGGCUCUGUUGAACAUUAUAAGAAGGACUGUCCCGACCGUCCGGUAAAAGAUGAAAUUACAGUUUAUAGACAUAUCAUUGGUCGUCAUGCAAACAAGCAACACAUUAGCAUUGAUGAAGAAAUGAGUUUAUAUGAGGAUACUGAUACGAUUAAGAAAACUAAAUUAAAAACGCAUAAAAUUGUCAAGUUUUAACAUUGCAAUAAAACUUCAAUAUAAACCGUGUUGUUUUGUGUGUUUGUUUUUUAUUGUUGUGGUACAUACAUUGGAAAUGAAUGAAUAAAACUGGGAAACAACAGUAGUUAAAGCACAGGUGUUCUGUUUCAAAGCAUAUAAUAUUAUUUUGUGUAAUUUACAUGUAUUACUAAUAAUAAAUUCAUUUAUUACUGUAAAUAAUAGGAAUGUUAAAAGGCACCUGGUGUACCAAUUUUUAAUUAACUCUUUUUGUGUUUCAAUAUAUUUUGUGUUGUCAACGAAUAAAGGUGUAAAAUAUAAAUUUAUCAUAUCAUCUCAAAAACUUGAUAUAUUUUGAAUAUUGAAAUGUGGGACAAUAUGUGCCUAGUGUCCCACUCUGCCCCACCAUAAUAUAAUCUAUCAUGUAACUGUUUUUCUCACAUAUAUUUUUAUCAGACAACAAACAAAAUAUGUUUAAUACUUACCAACAAUAAUCAGCUUUGGUUGCACCUUGCA